AUGUUUCGAAUAGUUUUAUUAGCUGCUAUUCAAUUGGCUUUUGUGACUGCUAAAUGUCCAACCGGAUGGACAAACCUGCCCGGUUCACUUAAGUGUUAUAAGGGGUUUGCUGAGCGGAAGACUUUUGCUGAAGCAGACACUUACUGUCGUGAGAAUUUUGCUACCAAUGCUGGCAAAAUUGCGAAUGAAUUAGACAAAAGCUGCGAUUUUUGGAUCGGAUUACAUUACAACGAAAGGGAGGGCGUGCAAAUGUGGACAGACGGCUCCUAUCUUGGAUUUCAGAUGUGGGAUUCAGGAUAUCCAACUGGUGAUAUUCAAAAACGUGUUACUUAUCUGCCACAAGAUAGUCGAUCACAUAAGUGGAGAAGCACAACGGUUGCAGAUGACAGGAAAUGCUUUUUCUGUCAGCAAAGACCAGCAGAAAAUGAUGUUCGAAUUAGCGAAAAUGCGGCUCAAGCCUUCUGCUCUGCUUGGAAAGCCAAUUUAGUGUCUGUUCACUCAGCAGAAGAGAAUGCAUUCCUAAACAAGCUCAGCCAAGGCAAACAGUACUGGUUAGGUUUAAAGUAUAGCACGAAGUGGAAUUGGAUAGAUGGUACCGCCAUGGAUUACAUGAACUGGAAUGGUCAGGUUACAAGUGGAAGUAAAGAUACUGUCUGUGCUGAUGCUAAUGAGCCAGACUUUUAUGGCAAGUGGUCAAAGCAGGGCUGUUACAAGCGUUUGAGGUCGAUAUGCAAACAGACACGUAUGUUAGUUGCCAUAAUUUUAUGA